UUAUACUUAUAUCAGACAGUUUAAGUUUCUUUUAAGCUCACUCUGUUGUGUGUUAAUAAGUAUAAUUUCAUUUUUAUAUCUUUUAUAAUUGACAUGUAAACAUUAUUCCUUCUGAUCUUGUAUAUUAUUCUUUUUUAAAUGUCUGGUGUACUAACUUUGGCAUGUUUUCAGCUUCUCUUUUGUUUCAGGUGUCUCAGGGACUAGUCUUUUUAAUUCUGUUAGCUUGAUGGCUUAUAAUGUUUUCUACACUAGUGUUCCUGUUCUAGUCAGUGUCCUGGACAAAGAUCCUAGUGAAGAAACAGUGAUGCAACAUCCACAAAUUUUGUUUUAUUGUCAAGCGGGAAGACUUCUGAAUCCUAGCACAUUCGCUGGAUGGUUUGGAAGAUCUCUUUUUCAUGCAAUUGUUGUAUUUGUAAUCAGCAUACAUGCCUACGCUAAUGAAAAAAGUGAAAUGGAGGAGAUCUCAUUGGUUGCUCUCUCUGGAUGUAUUUGGUUGCUAGCUUUUGUUAUGAUAUUAGAAACAAAAUUGGUCAAUAUGCUUGAUAUAGUUGUUGUGAAGAUGAUGGUACGCUUCCUUUUGUGA